UCAGGUCUAACUCUUUACAAGGGGUGUUCAUUUACUAUAUCAAUAUCACGUAUUUGGUUUAAACGUUUAAUUCAGGGUCACGUGUUAUACAAUGUGGUUUAUAACAUUACAAGCGAAGAUUGAUGAAACGGACAACUACAUUUACUUCUACGAACAGCUUAAAUAAAAUUUUCUUCCUUGUUACUUUCGUUUUAUAAAGAAAAUACCAUCGAAAAGAAUGGCUUUUGGAUCAGCAAUAAUUAUUGUUAACAACGUAUUCGAAGGUCGCAAUAUCCGAAAUGGCGCAGACAAAGAUUACAAUAAUAUGAAACAGAUGUUUGAAGAACUGGGAUUUGAAGUUAAGCCGCAUUUCAAUAAAACUGCAUUGGAAAUACAAACUGAAUUCCAGAAAGCGUCUUCAAUACAAAGUGGCAUCAUUGUGUUCGUCAUUAGCGCUCAUGGGGAAGAAAGUCACCUUGCGAACAUCAACUCUGACGGAACCAAGGUGUACGAUCAAAUGAUAGUUGGGUACGACGGACAGACGGUCUCCGUCAAUUACCUUCUCAGUCUGCUCGAUAAUGACGCGCUUAAGGGAAAAACUAAGUUGUGUUUUAUACAGGCUUGUAGAUCGAUCAAAAAUGGUGACAAGGCACAACAGGUGGAUCUGGGCGUUACUGUUGGGGUUUGGACUUGCUGCAAAUCUGUAAAGCAAAAGUCGAUGACAAAGAAGACGACAUUGUGCGUGACAAAGCAGACGACCUGGGAUCUGAAAGUGAAGAUGAGACAGACCCAGGAGAAGGGGACACCGGAGUGAUGCCGAAGCUCACCGAAACAGAAAUAGGACCAGAAAAAUCUGCGAACGACUCUAAAAGUGAAAUAGCGCCAGAAAAAUGCGAAUCUGAGAUUGCAUUAGCACCUGUUCAAUGUCCAAGAGAUUGCCUUGUCAUGUACGGAGUUCAACCACACAAGUGGCUUUGCGGGGGAAAACAUCGGGGUCGUGGAUGUUACACUACAUGCAUAAAGAACGCAACUUCCUAAAACAAAAUGACGGAAAUGUCCUGAAGUACUUGACAACUGUCCUGAGGAAGAUGGCUGACCAUCGGUCAACGUAUGGUGAUCAGAAAGUGAAACUUUGCGGCACAAUCUAUCACCGAUUGACUCACCAGGUUUUCAUGAAGAAAAUGUAAUACCAGUUGUCAUUGUUCGAUACAAUAUGUAUGAUGGUGUGGGUGGGCGACAAUUUAGACAAUCAUUUGAAAUUUAGUUAGUUGUCUUUAUAUUUUUGUUGUUUUGACGGCACAAAACCACGUGUCAUGUAAAGCAGACGACAUAGAAUUUAAGUAAAUUGAAGGCGUUCUCCGUCGAUUUUCAUGAACGACACUUUCUUAAAAGGUGAAUAUUAGAAACGACUUUUUCCGCGGGCUACAACGUGUUUGAAUUUAGUUUCAUUUAUAGGUCGCAUGUUUCGUAAAACGCUUAAGGAUCAUCAUCGUAAGCGGCAGCAACAACAACAGGUUAUAGCUACAUUCGAAAUUAAUCUUCAGCAUUAAAAUUAUUGUGUUAUUGGGGGUUAUGAUUAAUGUUUUAUUUUUAACAGAGAGAUAGCACAUCUUUUGGGUUACAUUUACUUUACCAAUGUUUUAUCAGGUGUUGAUUUUGCGGUUUAAAAUUACUUUAAGCAACUAAUAACGUAAACAACUUAAAAUCUUAUGAACUGCUAAUAGUCUAACCUCUGCGUAACUAUUCGACUGGCCCCAAGCCUAACUACAUCAUUACAUGCCGCUAACACACACUUAUUAAUUAUAUACGACUCAUAAAUAAUGAUUAUCUAACAUGAUUUAAUCGUCCUUUUUUACAUUUUGACAGUAAACGAUUAGCAAUAAGUUCAAUUAUUUAUAUAAAAGAAAACAAUUAUUGCAUUCAAAAAUCAAGUUGACACUAGAAAUCCCUCCAGAUAUGGUCUAAUUUCACUUGUAAUUGUUGUGUCUACUGUUAGACCCGAAGGCGGAGCAAAACUGCAAGGUGUUUGUUACUAUUUAAGUACAAAGGCCGCGGCCAAUUUAGAAUUUAACGAAGAUAUCCGGCUUGCUUAUAACGUCAACCACACCUUUGC